UGCUGCUACCCAACAACCUCAACAGCACACCAGGAAAAUCGCAUCGCUCUCUCUCUCUCUCAUCCUGUGCUUUUUCAGCCAUUUUUCCACUACACAUAGCAGGACUCAUCAAUUCCUUCCUUUCUCUCUCCUCUCGCUUUGUCCAUGUCUACACAAUGCCUACAUCGUCUCAUUCUAUUCAAAUCAGGAAUCUCUUCUUGACUUGCAACUUUUUCCCAACAACAAACCAGAGUCCCAACAUCACACUCACCUCACGCACCACCAAAAUUAAAGCAGAGAGAGAAUUUUGCGUGUGCCACAAUUGCCCUUCUGCAACCCCAGCCCCCCAAAAAUCCCCCAUCUUCAUCAUCAACUUCACUCCCUUUCCAACAACUAUGACUUUUUAUUUUGCCGUGGGCUUUUUCGCCCUUUGCUUUAGUCCACACAGGAAACAACCCAACCUUCCCACACGUCCCCCUAUUUCAUCUCUCUAUCUAUCUCCCCUAUUCCUUCUUUUCUUUAUUACUCGCCCAUCUCUCUUCCGUCUUCACAUCUUUUUCCAUUUUCCUCGUUUCCGUGUUUUCACAGCUAACCCCUAUAUACAUCCAUCCCAUUCCCGUCUGCAAAAUCAAAGCUUUUCAAAAGGGGGCCUCCUGCUUUGAUUUUUAAUUUUAUGUCAAUGAAGAUCCAAGGGGGGAUUUUGGAUCAAACGACGCCGUAUGGCCUUGCUGCGAGAGAGGAUGUUAGGGCUAAGCAUAAGUAUCAGACUCUUGUUCAGGACUAUCACGACUUGCAAAAGGAAGUUAAUAUCAUGAGAAGCAGAUUAGAGGCGGGGAAGCAGAGCAAGAUGGCUCUCGCUGCUGAAGUUCGGUUUCUACGCAAAAGAUUUAGUUACUUGGUGAACAUGAAGACUAAGAAUUCGCCACCGAAAGAAAAAUUAGGACAGUCACCAAAUCUGCAGAAGCAAACUAAGCAGACUGAGAGACUUCGCAGAAAAGAAGCCACGCUUCCUAUUUUACCCCCGAUUCCGGAAGUCAGACCGAAGAAGAAACAGUAUGUUAGUAAAAAAUUAGGUUUGUUUGGCACGUCUCCAGUUGGGAAUCCUGAUUUUAGCCACAAAGUAAGGCUAGACACUGGGAAAGUUAAUUUGAUGCAGAUCACAGCUCCAUUUCUUGACUUGAACAAGAAAGGAAGAAUGAAUGCAAAUGAUACAGCUCCGAGCAAUGCAGCUACAGCUUUUGAUUUGAACCAAGUUAGUAGUUCUAGUGUGAGAGAAUCGUCAUUGCCCAGCCGAGCGCCUAUCUUUGACUUGAAUGAAAUCUCGAUGGGUGACGAGGAUGAGGAUUUCCAGACUAAUGACGAAGUGGUGAAGUAUGAAGAAAGCAGGAGAAGUUUAAUGAGACAUCCAAAUGAUGAAGUACAAAACGAUUUGAUGCUGUCCAUAUGUAGAAAUGCUGGUGAAGGGUCGUCUCGUGUGGGGAAGAGGAAGAUCUCGUGGCAGGAUCCAGUAGCAUUGAGAGUUUGAAGCGCCUUUUCAACCCUGUAAUGGUGGCUUCCGUGCCAUUGCUUUGGCGCGUUUUCUGGGAUAAAACCUUAGUUAAUAGUAGUACUACUUAAAAGCACUGCCUGAAAUGGACAAACUAGAGCUAAUUUAAGGAUUAUAUAGUUUAUACCCUGUAGUUUGCUCUAGUUUCUGCUUGGACUUGAUAGCCUCUAUUGCAUGAUUUUAUGUAAAAAAGGACGAAAAGUCAGUUUAAAUCAUGCUUCUUGCUGAUUAGUCUAUAGAGAAUGAAUCGACCUGUGUUUA